GUUGAAGUAUUACUACUAACUAACUGCAGGCCAUGAGGAACUACUUUCUCCUUUUGGAAAAACUUUGGCCUAACAAGGAAGAAACAUGGACGGUGCUUAUUCUUACGACUACGACGAUGACGACGACGUUUACGAUGCUUUGAAGGCAACACAAUUUGUUCCAAUUGAUGGUUAUCAAUUUGGCCAUCAGAGUGCAAUAAAUGACGACGACGAAGGUGGCGCGCAGGACAAUGACAACCUUGGAGAUGAUGAUGCGCUAUAUGAAGCCCUCAUGGAAGAGAUGUACGAGGGCGAUGGCGAUGAUGAUUACAAAGAAUUGGAAUUCGAUCUCCAGUGUCUGCAAAUUGAGGACGGUGCUUUCCAACUGGAUGACUUUGGGGACGCCUUGCCCGAUGACGGCUUAGAUGACUAUGUCUAUGAUGAAUUCGCCGAUGGUUCCUUUACCACUAAAUUUGUGGCAGGAUCUUUGGUGAAAUUACCAAGAGGCAGCACACACGUGAAUAAAACACAGUCCGAAGAAGUCACCAUUCCUCCAAGUGACAAUGCUCCUAUGCGUGAUGAUAAACCAGUGAAGAUAUCCAGCCUUGACCAGGUUGGGCAACUAGCUUUCAAAGGAAUGAAGACUCUGAAUCGUAUCCAAUCGGUGGUCUUUGACACGGCAUACAACAAGAGUGAGAACCUUCUCAUAUGUGCCCCUACGGGUGCAGGAAAAACCAACAUUGCCAUGUUGACUAUCCUCCAUGAAGCUCGGAAGCAUCUGAAUGCACGAGGUGCCGUCAAACACAAUGAAUUUAAGGUCGUCUACGUAGCUCCCAUGAAGGCCCUUGCCGCGGAGAUGACGCGCACCUUUGGAUCUCGUCUAAAACCUCUUGGUCUCUCAGUACGGGAACUCACAGGGGAUGUGCAGCUCACCAAGAAGGAAAUGAUGGAUACUCAUAUGUUGGUGACGACCCCCGAGAAGUGGGAUGUGGUGACCAGAAAGAGUGUAGGGGAUGUGGCCCUGACCCAGCUUGUUAAACUCCUUAUCAUCGAUGAGGUCCACCUCCUCCAUGAGGAUCGCGGUGCCGUCAUCGAAAGUCUCGUCGCAAGAACACUUCGACAGGUGGAAUCCUACCAGAACAACAUCCGGAUAGUUGGGCUGUCGGCAACCUUGCCCAACUACAAAGACGUUGCUAAGUUUCUCCACGUCAAUCUCAAGACCGGAUUGUUCUACUUUGAUGGCCGAUUCAGACCAGUGCCCCUUCAACAGACGUACAUAGGUGUGGCGAAACCUGCACGCGGUGGGUUUACCGAACAACGCAAAAGAAUGGACGGCAUCUGCUAUGAGAAAGUUCGUGACCUCGUGGAUAAGGGUCAUCAGGUUAUGGUGUUCGUGUUUGCUAGGAACGCUACGGUGAAAUCCGCCAAUGACCUUCUGGACAGAGCAAGACUCCACAAUGACACCGAUAUGUUCAAAGCUGAAGAGAACGAGGAGUUUAAUGCUGCUCGCGAAGAGGUGCAGAAAUCCCGUAACAGGCAGUUGAAGGAUCUGUUCGAUUCGGGGUUUUCCAUCCACCAUGCCGGCAUGCUUAGGCAGGACAGGAACUUGGUUGAACGCUACUUUGCUGCAGGGCUUAUCAAGGUUCUCUGCUGUACAUCUACCCUUGCAUGGGGAGUCAACCUUCCAGCCCAUGCAGUCAUUAUCAAGGGCACACAAUUCUACAACCCUGAUAAGUCUAAGUUUGAGGAUAUCGGUAUCCUGGAUGUCCUGCAGAUCUUUGGCAGGGCAGGGCGCCCUCAAUACGAUACGUUUGGAGAGGGGUACAUCAUCACUUCUCAUGACAAACUUGUCCACUAUCUGGAGCUCAUGAUGGAUCAAACACCGAUAGAGAGUCAGUUCAUCAAGCGUCUGGAGGACAAUCUCAAUGCAGAGGUUGUUCUUGGCACUGUGAGUAACGUGAAGGAAGCAGUUCGAUGGCUCAGUUACACAUACAUGCAUGUGAGAAAGCUGGCAACUAAUAAGCUUUUGACAAGGGGUGACCCUGAUAUGAAGAGGUACCGUGAACAGCUCAUAAAGGACUCGGCACAGGCCCUGCACCGUGCCAAGAUGGUUGUUUACGACAAAGACUGUGGCACUUUGGACUAUACAGAGAUCGGGCGAAUCGCAAGCCAUUUCUACAUAAAGCAAGCCACCAUCCUGCUUUUCAAUGCUUCUUUGAAGUUGUGCCGAACCCGUGAAGAGAUACUUUUGUUGGUGUCAAAGGCUGCGGAGUUCAAACAAGUAAAGGUUCGGACAGAAGAAGAGGGAGAACUUGAACAACAUAGGCAGAAUGACUGUGAGGUGCAUGUGAGCGCGGUCAAGGAUUCGUCUGGCAAGGUCAAUGUACUUUUGCAGACUUAUAUCAGUGGAGGAAUUUUGAAUAGCUUUUCUCUGGUGUCGGAUACAAACUAUGUCGCACAGAACUCAGCCAGGAUCAUGCGAGCAUUAUUUGAGAUAGCCCUUCACGAAGGGCGCCCUCAGUUAGCGUCCAAUGUUCUCACCCUGACAAAAUGCAUUGAUCAACAAAUGUGGUCUUCAAAGAAUCCUCUACGCCAACUGCAAUCGCGUGAUUGCAAUAGACUUCUCAAUGUCGCAGGAGACACCUUCGAUAAUAGCCGACUUGCAACCAUGACUCCCGAACAAAUAGGUGACAUAGUUCAUGAGUUCGAACAUAAAGUCAGCAAACCGGACCGCAUUGCCAUCGGAACUCGCAUCAAGCAGGCUGCCAAGCAGUUCCCCCGUCUACUCCUGGACGCUACUGUCCAGCCUCUUUCGACAACCGUCCUCCAGAUCCGUUUGAAGGUCACGCCCGAUUUCGUGUGGAACGACAGGCUCCAAGGCUACGGGACGACCAACUGGUGGCUGUGGAUUGAGAAUUCAUCAGCGGACAUCAUGUACCAUCACGAGUUCUUCAGCAUCACCAGGCAACAGGUCCUCAACACAGAAGAGCAAGAAAUUACAAUGACCAUACCUGUUUCUACGUCGGGAAGGCUUCCCGCCGAGAUCAACGUAAAAGUGGUAUCUGAUUCAUGGCUUGGCGCAGAGACCAACCUGCCUUUGUCCCUCACUACAGUUGUUCUUCCUAGAGAAAAACUGUCAAAAUUCAAUGUGUUUCGUCAACUAACACCGGGAGAGAGGCCGAAGGUCCUGCCCAAGACAACCCUCCAGAAUUUUCAACAUCAGCAGAUGUUUCCUUUUGACAAUUUCAACCGUUUCCAGAGAGUACUCUUUAGCCAGCUGUACACGAAUGCAGAUAGCAAUGUGUUGAUUGGUGCUUCUGGUGGAGUGGGUAAGGUUGUGGCCAUCGAACUAGCCAUCUUAGGUGCCUUCAAUGCCGAACCCGACACCAAGGUUGUCUACAUAGCCCCCCUAAAACCUCUCCUACGGCGUCGCUUCAAAGACUGGCGAGCACGGUUUGGCGAUAUCCUUGGGAAGAAGAUCUACAUGUUGAAUGGUGAUCUCAUUUCUGACAUCAACACAAUCAGGAGAGCAGACAUUAUUCUGACUACCCCUGAGAAGUGGGAUGCCGUCUGCCGGAGAGGACAUAAUAUCGAAUCCGUCUCUCUCCUCAUUCUGGAUCAACUUCAGUUUCUUGCAUCUAACAGUGGCUCAUCGCUAGAAGCCAUGGUAACUCGUAUAAAGAUGAGAUCAUCCAAACUCCGUAUUAUGGCUCUUUCCACUCCGAUGGCAAACUCCAAUGAUGUUGCAGAAUGGCUUGAUGUUAAACAGGGUUCCUCGUUUAACUUCAAACCGACGGAACGGCCUGUUCCUCUCCAGAUAGUCAUUCUUGGAUUCUCUGGCAAGUACUACCACACUCGAGCUGCUGCUAUGAAUAAGCCGAUAUAUCUGGAAAUCAAGGCAAUCUCCAAAAAGAAGCCUGCCAUUGUGUUUGUAGCUUCAAAGAAACAGACUUCAGCCACAGCCUUUGAACUUAUCGCUUUCCUUCGAUCUGAGAAGAAUCCAAAAAUGUGGCUCCAUGAUAUGACACCAGAAGAGAUUGCUGAUGUAUGCAAGGAUAUCACAGAUGACAACCUGAAACUCUCCCUAACCUUUGGGGUCGGUAUCCACCAUACCAGUCUCUCUAUAGAUGAUAGAAGAACGGUAGAACAGCUUUACCGAGCAAAACACAUACAGGUACUUGUAGCAACCAAGAACCUGGCAUGGGCGACAGAUCUGCGUGCUCGUUUUGUUGUUGUCAAGGGAACGGAGCAAUACGAUGCCAAGAGUGAGAGAUACGCAAACAUGCCUGUGACAGAUAUACUUCAGAUGGUUGGUCGUGCAGGACGUCACUCUGGUGAUUCUAGAGGUUCAGCUAUGGUACUAGUCCACGAUGUGAAGGAACACUACUACAACAGUGUGCUCAAAGAAUCGGCUGUAGCCAUUGAAUCAGGUCAUUCUGUGGACUCCCUGGCAGGUCAUGUUAAUGCAGAGAUAGCAGAGGGAAAAAUCGCAUCUGUGAGGGAUGUUGAAAGAUACCUCAAGAAAACGUUCUUCUAUAGCAGACUCUCUUCCAACCCAAGCUUCUACGGUGUGGAAGACUCCCACACCGCUACCAUCAGAUCAUUCCGCUCAACCAUGGCUGAGGAAAUCUUGAUGAAACUCAUGGAUGCUGAGUGCAUCAAUACUAAGUCUGCUCCUGGCGGUACUACCUGCGAGCCAACAGCGCUGGGGAAAAUAGCAGCAGAACACUAUGUACAACCAAGAACAGUUCUGAAGUUCAGACGCUCAACAAGACCCACAUCCUUGCCUGACUGUAUCAAAGUCUUGUCGGAAGCAGAAGAGUUUUCAGGGACUCCAGUGCGUACAGAUGAAGCUACCCCAAACAGAACACUUUCUUACUCCUUGCCACGCUUUGGCCCAACAAGUUUUUUAGGGAUUACUAGUGCUCAUUCCAAGGCUUACCUGUUACUACAAGCCCAUGUAGCCCGGGCAGAUCUCCCGUCCAAGGACUACACGAUAGAUACAAGGACCAUCAUGGAUCGCAUUGGCAUGCUCAUAGAUGCCUUAGUUGAAGUUUCUGCGAACAAAAACUCCUUGUCGGAGGUCCUCCUGAGCAUGCGCAGUAGCCAAUCAAUCAUGCAAGCCAGAUGGGCGGAUGAGUCCCCUCUCCUAACCCUCCCUCAUGUCACCCGAGCCAUCAUCCCUCGUUUCACAAUCAGAAAACUGGAUAGAGUGAUUCGAAAUGAUGAAUUGCUGAGUGAGGUCAUCAGUAAAUGUGAAGGAAGUAAAGAAGUUCUUCAGGAGAUGCUCCAGAGAGAUCUUGAUCCACUUCAAAUCGAAGAGAUCUGGAGUGUUCUUAGGAAGUUACCUACAAUCAGAAUGGAUAUAUCUAUCAGUGACGAACCAACCAAUACACCAUUCAGAAGGCAUGGGUCUAGGCCACUUCCUACGUCUAUAAAUAAAGAGAGGUUAAGCACCAUAACAACGACAGCUGAGGCAGGCCAAGGGUACAUCAUUCACGUCAACCUAAGACAACAGAAUAAGGGAGCUAAGAGGAUGUCUCAUACCCCAAGAUACCCUAAGCAGAGGGAGGUCGGAUGGUGGGUGGUGCUCGGUGAAACAAGCACCAACAGCAUCCUGGCUUGGAAGAGAAUUGAACACAUCUUUGGUAGGACUAGCGUUGCCCUUCCAUUCAAGUUGCCCGAAAGAAAAGAUACCAUACAAUGCUCUCUUCACCUUGUCAGUGACUGCUAUAUUGGUAUCGACAGUGAAAUCCAGAUACCAUUCCAGGUGAAGUCAUUUUGAAUCUACACUGAUUUCAUAUGUACAUGGACACCACAUAAAGAAUGAUGAGAAGGCUCGGAGCAGGUUCUUAAUCGGUCUACCCCCGCCCGUCCAGCUCGCAUCCCUCCCCCUCUGCCAUUGUAACAAGAUUUGUAUAUAUAAUUUAUUGUUUUUCUUUCAAGAACUCAAAGGGAGACCGUUUGUCAUAUUUCUAGUAAAGACUGCUUUAAAUCGAGACAGAACGAAUUUUUCUUUGGGUUGGAGAGUAUUUCAUUGAUAGGAAACAUAGAAAGGGUAAAGGGGAAGCCUAUUAACAUAAUUCUGUAAGUUUCGUCAGGAACCUUUAUGGUACUUGUAAACAAGAAAGAAGGAAUGUUACUGAUGCCUUCCUUUUUGGAUUUGAUUUCAUUCUCCAUCAGAGUGCAACUGAAGAGAACGUAAGGAAUUUCAAUCUCUUUCACAUGUUUUCAAUAUCCCAAUGAAUCACACUCUGACACGUAUCUAGUAGACCUACCCCAUUUUUACUUUCUUAAGAAGUAAUUCUUAUGUUGAUAAUAUAUCCAUAAAACCUUAUAACUUUCCUCUCUAUACAGGACAAGUUAUACAUGUGCAUGCCAUUUAUUUUGGUGUAGAUUUUUUUCGCUGCACUCUAGAAAUUUACCACCCUAGAAGUCAACCAGCGGCAUGCCAAUUUUCUUAAAGCAGAGAGUUUUUCCAUUUUCCUGGUUUUACGUCCGAAAUAUAUACUCAACAAUAAUCUUCAUUACUUGUUCCCUCGGAGAGGAUCUUUAAGUAUAUACAAACAAGUUAUUAUGCUCUCUAUUGCUAUGGUGUGAGUCACACUAACGAACUGGCUUCAAUCCAACUGAUUAUAUUUAGCCAGAAUUGAGUCAGUUUGGAAUUAGAGAUUGACUCAAAUAUCAACUCUUAACUUAAUGAAUUGAAUUGAAUUUAAAUUUUAUUGAAUUUAAAUUAUUGGAACAUCACUGGCAUCUGCCAAUAUUCUGUUCAAAACAAAAAAGUAAAACAAAACAUAUAUACAAUUUGAGGAACAUUAGAGGAAAAGCAAAAUAACGAAAGGUAGGCCUAUAACAAAUUAUUGAAGACAAAUUAUUUUGAAUGAUAUGUAACGGUUAUAUACAUCUGUGAAUAUAAUUAUGAUACUGACAUUUGUAUAUUAUCGAUAACUGUUAAUAUUAUGAUUACUAUCACUAUUUUUAUGAUUUGUAUUUUUAUUUAUUGGAAUAUAUGUAUAUAGGGCCUGUAGCACUUGCUGAAAUCGUCAAUAUACAGCAUUCAAUGUACUAUGUAUUCAAUCAUUGAUCCAAGUUUUAAGCUAUCAUCGUGCUAGUGCCAUUUGAAAAGACAUAAUUCCUCAUUACCUGGCCCCUCAGAAGGGAUCUGAAGCCGUCAGUCCUCUUGAGUAGUAGGCCUAGUUAGGUCAAAUGACCAGAAAUUUGUGCAAUCUCUCAUUGGAAAUGUAUAUUUUUGCAUGAGUGGAUGUACUCUUCAUGUAAUGUUUUGAAUGUUCUACAAUUGUUUUGAGAGAUUCCCAUUAUAACAAUGAAUGAAUUCAAUUAAUUGUAAUCAAACAUAUUCAGGAUUAUUGAUAAACCAAAAAUGCAUUUGAUUUCCAUAGUAAUAAAAAUAGUGAAAUUGGCUUGCAUCCAAUUAUAUCUGGUAUGUCAGUAUUGGUUUCAAAAAUGUAAGUUGUUUGUUUAUUAAGUCAAAAAUAGUAGUUUAGUAUCUGGUAAUAAAUUUGUUCAUUUUGUUGAAUGAAUUAUGGGAGAACUGCUGGACAUUUUUAAUGAUUUAUUUCUGGUUACCAAUCAGUGAAUUGUAUCACACUGUGUUAUCCUUUUUAUUGAAGUUUAUUGUGAGUGUAGAUUUCGUUUUGUACUUGAAAUUCUGUGAAUUCAUGUUAAAAGGCUACUAUUAUAAGAGAGGUUUUAUAAACAUUCAUAUACAUGUAUGAUCUGUUGUAUACUAGUACCAUGCAUAACCCAGACAGACAAAUUUGAUGUAUUUGGUCGAAAAAUUACCAACUGUAACCAAUAAGAGAUGGUUAAAAGUCAUGACCAACUAUUUAAAAUAAAAUAAAAACUCCAGGGGCCCGCAACACAAAGCUUAGCAAUUAUCGUAUAACAUUUUUCUACGAUUGAUUGCAUUGACUACAGUGUACAAUCAAUCAUAAAAAUAAUGCUGCAGUUAAUUGCUAAUCGCUUUGUGUUACGGAGCCCAGGUUAUUAAUAUUACCCAAUUAUCGAUUUAAAAGAAGGACAAAGUGAUUAUUUCUUCUUUUUUCUAUACAAUUAGGUAAAUUGUACAUGGCUUGUCCUGUCUCAAAUUUCAUUGUACCUAAAUAUAUUCCAUAAUAUCAUAAUCAUGUUUGGCGUUCUUAGCUAUUUAGUCAAAAUAAGUGUUAAUAUCCAAAUGACUUAAAUGCAUUUGCUGAUUGUUGGCAAUCCUCUUAAAUGCACAUUCCAAGUUACAGGAAUUGAAAAUAUUUCAUGGGCAGUUGUGGUUAUAGUUAAGAGUUGAACUCUGGAUUGAAGUAUCAUCUAACAGAUUUAUUUUGAAUCUCAAAUUAUUUAAUCUAAAAUGGUUUGAAUUCAAAUCGGAACUAAAUUCACGAUUUAAAUCUCAAGCCACUGUUUGACUGCCUGGUCACCAGCCUCAGACGAUCUGUAUUGAUCUCAAAUCUAAAAAAAAAAAAAAUUAGAGAUUUUGGUGGCGAACAGUAGGCUAAAUCAAUGCAUAAUUAUAUAAAUCAGACCUCUAUUUUUUUAUUGAUCAUUAUUCAUACCCAUUUUAGCGAAUAUUAACAUGUGCAAUAUUUUAUCCUGUUUUUAAGAGAGUAUCCCAAUUUUUAUUCCAUAUAGAAUAAUGGUUUGGAAAACCGAAAGUUCUACCAACAUUGCUCAAAGUUUGUUUUGUUUUAAGUACAUAAUUAUAUUAACCUAUUUUAUAAUAUCCAUAUAACUUUUUUUAUUAUGUGGAAGUAUAAAUUUAAUGGAAUUAUUGACAACCUUCCCUUAACCUAAGAAAUAACUUUAUACGUACAUGAGGUUUUAAUGAAGUUCAAAUGAACUUUUAAACGGAUUAAAAAGAGUUGCAUUCAUUGAAACAUUUUUAGAAACAUAUCUAUUUCCAUUUUGUCUCUCCUCUUCUGGAAAUUAUGAAUUAUGGCAUAAAGUUUAACCCUAUCCUUUGAUCAUGCGUAAUUCAUUUAUACUCAUGAAAAGCUCCUAUACGAUGUUGUGAUGUACUAGUAUAUAAUUUGUCUCUCAUUGCUGCUGCUGCUGUAUUGUUAAGGAGGAAACAGUAAUUUUUGCGCCUUGGAAUAGAUCAUUUCGGCGUAGGCGGCGCCAUACUAAUGUAAAUUGUCAUAUAUAGUUAUUAUUAAUGUGUGACAUCUAUGUCCAAAUUAAUAUCAUAUACCAAAUUCGGAAAUAAAUGGACUUUUUUCUUUUAAUGUA